CGCGCUGCGAUCACAUGAUGUGGGGCGGUGCCGCGGCGCGGGCUGGAGCGAAGCCACGGCAGCGGGCAAAGUAGCUACAGCGGGACCUGCGGUCGCGACGGUAGCAUGGCGGCGCUUUACGGCGGUGUGGAAGGGGGAGGCACACAGUCCAAAGUCCUUUUACUUUCUGAGGAUGGGCAGAUCCUGGCAGAAGCUGAUGGACUGAGCACAAACCACUGGCUGAUCGGCACAGACAAGUGUGUGGAAAGGAUCAACGAGAUGGUGAACAGGGCCAAGCUGAAGGCUGGAGCGGAUCCUCUGGUACCCCUUCGUAGCCUGGGCCUGUCCCUGAGUGGUGGGGAGCAGGAGGAUGCGGUGAGGCUCCUGAUGGAGGAGUUGAGGGACCGAUUUCCUUACCUGAGUGAAAGUUACCUAAUCACCACUGAUGCAGCCGGUUCCAUCGCCACAGCUACACCGCAUGGUGGGAUUGUGCUCAUCUCUGGAACAGGCUCCAACUGUAGGCUUAUCAACCCUGAUGGCUCGGAGAGUGGCUGCGGUGGCUGGGGCCACAUGAUGGGGGAUGAAGGCUCAGCCUACUGGAUUGCACACCAAGCUGUGAAAAUCGUGUUUGACUCCAUCGACAACCUGGAGGCAGCUCCUCAUGAUAUCAGCCAUGUCAAGCAGGCCAUGUUCAGCUAUUUCCAGGUGCCAGAUCGGCUAGGAAUCCUCACCCACUUGUAUAGGGAGUUUGAUAAAUCCAAGUUUGCUGGGUUUUGCCAGAAAAUUGCAGAAGGUGCACAGCAGGGAGACCCUCUUUCCCGGCACAUCUUCAAGAAGGCUGGGGAGAUGCUGGGCAGACAUGUCGUGGCAGUGUUGCCAGAGAUUGACCCGGUUUUGUUCCAAGGGGAGCGUGGCCUCCCCAUUCUGUGUGUGGGCUCAGUGUGGAAGAGCUGGGAGCUGCUGAAGGAAGAGCCUUAAACUCCGGAUCCCCCUUGCUUCUACCUUGCAAGUGCUGGGAUUAUAGGCAUGCACCACCUUGACCAUCUUUCAGAGAUCAUUUCCCCACAAAAAAUCAAUAGGGCUGGGGAAACGGCUCAGCAGGUAAAGUGCUUGUUGCACAAACAUGAGGACCUGCAUCUCACAGGCUCCAUGAAAUGUUUGAUAUAUCAUACAUCAUGAAUUGAAUCUUAUGGUAAUUAAACUGUGGCUUACUUGAAAACUUUAUCAAAGUAUCUUCUUGUCAUCAAUUUUAAUAUGAUUUUCCAGAAUGAUAAUACGCAAAAGCAGCAAGCACAUGUCCUUAAAAUGUUGUAGUAGACACCACCACCACUGACAAUGGUAGCAGCAAUGCCAGUGGAGGCAAGAGGGCAGGGAAGAACUCCACACAACCAGCAAAGACAAUGAAGGCUGGUGGGGUGUAAGUACAUGGAAGACAAGAGACCCACAGAGGGCAGAAGGGAAGAGGGAGGGAUAGACUACAGACCCUUGAGGAUUUAGGACCAUU